AUGACUGUCGCAGCUACCGCGUCCACGAUUCUUGAACAAGUACCUAUUGGCACAUUGAAGCUCAAUGGACAUUCCAAAAAUGAAAAGCAUGACAACGAGCAUGACAGUGGACAUUCAAGUGAAGACGAAGAAUCAGUAGUCUUCGUUGAUCCAUACAACUAUGUCGGAGAAACAUUUGGUUCUGGUCCAGGUGUAGAUUACCCUUUCGCAGAUUUCCUUCCCCAUAACCCAGACAGAACAGAAUCAGAUCCACCACUCCCUUAUUUCGAUAUUGAAGAUAGAGGUUUAAAAGCCCAUCCAGGCGCAGCUAGACUUAGAGCAUUUGUAGAAAAGAGAGGAGGAAAAGUAAAAGACCAGUUGAUAGCUAUUGGUACUGUCAUCGAAGGCGAUAUUAAAUUAGAAGAUUUGGGAGAUGAGGAGAAAGAUGAUUUAGCUCUUCUUGUCGCUCAACGAGGCGUGGUUUUUUUCCGAAACCAGCACUCUCUCUCCAUCGAAGAUCAACGAGAUCUCGGUAAACACUUUGGCCCAUUACACAAACAUGCUACCUAUGCUACACCCAGAAGAGGUGAUUUGGACGAUGUAGUUGUUGUUUAUGCCGAUCACAACUCAAGACCAGACCUUUACGCUUUUUCACGAGCUGAACUUUUCCACUCUGAUGUAACAUAUGAAGUUCAACCUCCUGGAACCACAAUUUUGAGACUACUCACAACCCCAGAAGUUGGAAAUGAUACCUUAUGGUCUUCAGGUUACGCGGUCUACUCAUCACUCUCUAAACCAAUGCAAAAAUACCUCGAAUCACUCACUGCAAUUCAUUCAGGAUAUGAUCAAGCCGCUUCUAGAACUGGAAUAAGCAAAAUACCACGAAGACAACCAAUCGAAACUGUUCAUCCUGUAGUUAGAGUACAUCCCGUUACAGGCUGGAAAUCAGUUUUCAUCAAUCCUGGAUUCGUUACUAGAUUAGUCGGUGUACCAAAAGCUGAAAGUGAUUUGAUAUUGGGUUACUUGAAAGACACUUUCGCCCAACAAACUGAUGCUACCGUCAGAUGGAGUUGGCAAGCAGGUGACGUAGCUAUAUGGGACAACAGAAUUGUUAACCACUCAGCCACUUUUGAUGCUUAUCCAUCACUCCGACAUGGUCUACGAGUAACUCCUCACGGUGAAGCACCAAUCUCUGUCGAAGAGUACGAAUCCACCACAGGUAAAAAAGCCAAAGAUUGGUUAGAGGAGAGACAUAAAUCAUUGGGUAUCAAACCUCUUGCAAGGGACGAUGGUAAAACCAAGAAGAGAGCGUUCAGAGAUUAA